AUGGGGUCUCUACUCGGCGUGCCCAGCGGAAUAACUUGUCUGUUCGCAACGUGCAACUAUUCCUGGAUCAAUGUUUUGAGUAACGAUGACCAUCGCAAGACACAACAUGAUUACAAAGACACAAACACAUGCGAGGGAGUUAAAAAUCGAAAGAGCUGCGUAUUUCCAGGAAAAGCCGCAGCACUCUUGGGUUUGCUGGCCUCCCUUAAACAAAUGCUCUUUUUUCACCGCACUAGACUGUUAAAAGUCAAUCCCAGGCGCACUUUGUGUAAAGGCGCCGUUGCUCGAAGACCUCAGACUCGAGUCGAAAGGGUAUCGCAUAUACAGCAUGAUAAUGAGAAAGGAUCCGGAAGAGGUCUUGGAAUUUGGAAAUUGUUUGUCUCUUGGAAUGAUACAUAA